AUGGCCUUGCUUGGUCAUGCUACGUGGCUCCUAGCACAGUGCCUCGGCAGCCUUCACCAUUCGGCCGUGGGCUCAGAGCACCAACGAGACGGGCCAGCGCCCAGCUGCUGUGCGAGAUCCAUGGCAGGACAUGAGGAGCCCAGCUCGCCUCGAGGAAGCGCCGAACCUCGACGUUCCGGGACGAAGCGAUCGGCCCCCUUCGAUUGGUUACCCGAGUGGAUUCGCUGCGCGACGCGCCGGUUCAGACCUGAACCUGUCAAUGAGGCACAGCACAAGGUGCUACUUGUAGUCGGCGAGUGCGGAGAUGGGAAGAGCACCCUCAUCAACGCUAUGAGGGAUCCCAAGCGAAGCGGCGAAGCAGAAGCCGGCUUGCAAGCACGAGGCAUCACCAAAGAGAUUACGGCCUACGUGGGGACCCCCAUCAGCGGGAUUCCGGUCGACUACCUGGACACACCCGGCGUGGGGGACACCGACGUGACGCCCAUGAAGGUCCUCACCAUGAUCGAACAGGAGCUUAUGACCGAUGAACUGGGAUGCUCAGACUCCAUCGACGGUGUGAUUGUCACCACGCCUAUCCCCGAUGGACGCGUGAAGCUUGGCGCACAGGUUGUGCAGCUUCUCGUCGAGCAUGGCUUUCUUGGCGAGGAAAAGUGGCGGAACAUCAUCCUCGUUGGCACCAAAGCAGACCGUGCUACCCCGGAGGAGCUGGACCUGUUCCGCACGGACCGGCGGGAUGCAGCAGGGCACCCCAUGGGUGUCGCCGCCCAGUUCUUCAAUGCUGCCCCAGGCGGCCAUGGCACCUUCGUGACGACAUCUAAAGACAACUAUGGGCAGCUGCGCAAGGCCAUCGCUGCGCUGCCGAACAUGAAAGUGAAGUACGCCACGCCCGACCCGACCUUAAUGGCCGAAAAGUUCUCCGAGAAGCUUGGCUUGUCGAAGGAUGCCUUCCGGGCUGAGCUGCUCCAAGCGCGGCAGGAGUUCGAAGCGAAGAUUGCCGAGCAGAUGGAGGAAAAAACGCGGCUCCGGGCAGAAGUGGAGCAGCUCAGGCUGGCGCAGGAGCGGAGUCACCACGAGCAUGCCCUCUUGGCAGAGACGAAGGAGAGGCAGCUGAGGGAGCGGGAGUGUGAGCACCAGCGGCUACUGGUCGAGAUGCGCUUGGCGGGACCUGCUGAGCGUGCGAAGCUUGAGGCGGAGAGGGACAUCUUGGAGAGGCAGCUGCAACAAGAGAAGGAAGAGAGCCGCUCGAGGCAGGAGCAGCAUCAAUCAGAGACAGAGCAGCUGAAUCGUGAGAUGGCAAACUUGCGCAUCGCGCUGCAGCAGAGUCGACAUCGAAACUACGCCUUCGCGCCGAAGACAAGUGGAGUCAGGAACUGCUCCCACAGCCGCACGCGGAACUGGGGCAAUGCCCAUGGAAAAGGAUGCAAGUGCCUGGAGUGCGGCGAGGAGCUGCUCUAUAAGAAGAGGUGA